AUGGACGUGAUCCAGCAAAUACCAGAGACGAAAGCCAUCCAUGAUUUCAUCAAGGAUCAACUAGACAAUGCGACUUCACCGGAACAUAGAUCUGGCAAAUCGGACGAGCCACCUUUACCUGUCCGACUUGACAGUCCAUGUCGAUUGAGUAAUACCAAUCUUUUCAUCUUAGGAACGGGUCAAGUGUUCCUAUGGGGUUUGACCUCUGCAAGUAUACUAGAAACCGCUUUUGCCUUACCAGUGAUAGGAGUUGAACUCGAUCUCACCCCAGGUGAAGUCCAGUGGGUAUCUGCGUCAAUGAUGUCAACUUGGGGCUGCUUCCAACUUAUUGCAGGAAGGUUAUGUGAUAUUUUCGGGAGGAAGAGGGGAUAUCUAACAGGCUGUUUGGGGUUAAUGUUGACCAAUAUCAUUUCAACGUUCAUGCCGAACCUCGCAAGUCUCAGUGUCUUUCGAGCACUAGCUGGUAUAGCCAGUGCGAUAGCCUUACCUGCUUCGGCGGGUAUAAUAGGAUCUUUGUAUCCAGCUGGAAGAUUGAGGACGUUGGCUUUUGCAGCUAUCACUUGUGGUGGAGCAGCUGGAGCAGCUGGAGGCGAGCUCGUUGCUGGUACCUUGAUCGAAUGGACAAAAUGGACAUGGAGACCUUGUUUCUUUCUCAUCGGUAUUCUUACUACCUACCCCCUCGCGAUUGGUCAUCUGAUCAUCCCACUUGAUCCGGCGUUCACCACAGACAAAGCAGUAGAUUGGUUGGGUGCUUGCGCAAUUGGAAGCUCCAUUUUCCUCUUACUCUUGACUUUCACACUAUCUGAAACGGAAGAAAGAGGUUGGAAAACACCACACCUCCCUGCUCUUCUCGUGGCUUCUGUAUUAUUCUUCGCAGUAUUCGCAUGGCGUCAAAGACAACUUUCGAGAUCAGCCAAAAACCCAUAUAACAAGAAACCACCACCUCUGAUUCCUCUUUCACUUCUAUCUGUUAAGAAUAGGAACCUGGUGGUCAUCUAUAUCGCCUCGGCGUGUACAUGGGCAAUGACAGAUAGCUUCUUCGUCUUUGCGUCUUAUCUGUAUUUCGACGUACUCAAUCUAUCACCCUUCCAAGCUGGUCUUCGAUUGAGCAUCACUUUCUUUAGCGGUACCGUCGCGGCGCUGGUAGUAGCUCUGACGAGUUCUCAUAUAUCUCCCAGAUUAUUGAUGACUCUAGGAUGUCUGAUAUCGGUAGUCAUUCCAGUCAUAUUUGCUGUUCGUGGUCUCGAUUGGGCAUAUUGGAAAGGAGAUAUCUGGGCUCUUUUGGUCAUCGCUUAUGGGACGGAUGCGACUAUAGCUGCUGGAUCCACCAUCAUAUCCCAGACCGCGUCUCCUGAGGAUCAGAGUGUCGCAUCAGCUUUAUUUCAGACAAGUUGCAGAUUAGGCUUCGCCCUAGGCUUGGCUAUAUCAACUCUAGUUCAGACAAGCGUUGAGAAGUCGGCUCUAUCCUCUUACGCCAUUUCGACAGGGGAACAGAAAUUGAAUGCGCUGGUAGACGGUCUAAGGGCUGCUCAGUGGUGUAAUGCAGGAUAUGUUGCGUUGGCUGCUGUCUUGGUGGGAUUCGGGAUGAAAGGGUGGCAGAGGUUAGAUCAUCAUACAGCGAGCAAUGAUGAUCAAACCGAUCUUCAUAGAGAAGCCGACUGA